AUGGUCCACCUGAAUAGGCUGCAGCUUCUCUCAUGGGUGAAACGCCCUACACCUUAUCUACAUGUAAGCGAUAAAUCCAGAGAACCUUCCAAGGAGCAUGAGCCCUUUAAGGAUGGUGGUUCCCAGGACAACCUGCUUGAAGGUUAUCCAUACGGACUCGCGCCUCAUCGACACCUACGCUGGUGGCAGAAAGGCCGAUGGCUGAUUAUGGGCCAUGUGAUUCUUUUCGCAAUUUAUGGUGCUGUCCUAGCUGCAGUGGCGAAGAAUGGACUGGAUCCUCGCCGGAAUGGCCUGCCACUCUCCCCUGCCGUGACCGCUGUUCAGUGGGAAAACCACAAGUUCAGCUUGGAGGACCAUAUCACGGAAGAUGGGAGAUUCGUCGGGAAACCAAGCCCAGCACUAGAUAAGGCAUGGCAUGACUUACUCAAUGGUAAGCUUCACGGCUCGCUCUUCUCCGGCUCCAAACAUAAGCCCAACUUACUCCUGUCAAACUUAGCGGAGAACAUCAUCAUCGAGCCGGAAUACAUCGAACACUUGGGGCGAGAGAACCUCGGAGUCGCUGUUCCGGAGGGCGGAGGAUACCUGGGGACUCUGAAUGUCUACCAUGAACUUCACUGCUUGAAGAGAAUUCAUCAGUAUAUGUACCCCGACUACUAUUUCCCGGAGUUCACCGAAAAGCAGGACGACAUGAACCGGAUGCAUAAUGAGCACUGCAUCGACUUCCUUCGUCAAUCGGCCAUGUGCCAUGGAGAUAUCGGGCUGAUAACCUAUCAAUGGAGUCCGGGUUCUCUGCUUCCGAUCGCGAACGCAACCUCCCAUCAGUGCGUUAACUGGGAAAGGCUAGAUCAAUGGACCAAAUCCCGGACGGUGGAUAUGUUGAAACCUGGAUGGCUUGUUCAUCCCAUCCAUGGGGUUGCAUAUCCAAAGGGAGAGGGUGAUAGACUCGGUUUCAUCAAUUAG